AUGGUUGGCUUAAAUAUGGAUGGACCCGCUAGAGAUCGCGUCAUAAAAUUAAUGCAAGAAAAGGACCGCAUUGAAAGUGAAAUCAGAGAUCAAACUGCAAUUCUCGAAACGAAUAAUGUGGGAAUGCACGACCAAUUAGUUGAUUCUGAGGGAUACCCACGGAACGAUAUCGAUGUUUACAAAGUUAGGCACGCGAGACACAGAAUUAUUUGCCUACAAAAUGACCACAAAGAACUCAUGAAAGCAAUCGAGCGAGGUCUAUAUGAAGUACAUUCAAACUAUGUUGGUACAAAUGGGGAAAGCUCAAUGCCUAGAAGUGUUCCAAUGCCCAGUUUUACAAAUGGUUUCAAUAAUGGAGCUGAAAUCAGAAAUGGUGAUGACUCCUGUAAAACUUUUGCAAUAGUAGGAUUUGUACAAGAGGGAUCACCAGCAGACAUUGCUGGGCUGUGUGAAAACGAUGAAAUUAUUCAAUUUGGCUCGGUCAACAGCAACAACUUUACAGAUAUCACUCAAGUACAUCAAAUUGUGUCUCAUUCAGUUGGCCAACGCAUUCAAGUUAAGGUCAGACGAGAUGAAUUAGUUCAGAGCAUCACUGUAGUGCCAAGGCCUUGGGCACAGCCAGGUCUACUGGGAUGUCAAAUACGAAGAUUAUAA